CCAGAGCCCCUCUGCCCUUCUGGGGACACAGGCUGCAUUCACCACCAGCCACUCUGCCCAGACCCUGUGUACACUUUAUGAAAGGCGUUUCCCACUUGGAUUGAACAGGCGCUGUGUUUGUGUGUGAGGGAGAAAAUGAAUCACUGUAACGUGGGGGCUAGGAUUCGGGGUGUUUUGUUUGUCCCAUGCAAGUACAUAAACACAGCAGAACUCUCUGGAAAUAUCAGGGGCGGGCACAGAGACCGGAGUGAUUUGGUGGCCCCAACAGUGGGACACAUUUUCCAUAUGUAGGACCUCUCUGGGUUCUGCCCUCUCACAGCGUUCUCCAAGUCCACGGGAAAGGCGGAGGUUUUUGCAUUUCUGUCUGUGGUCCGGGAAGAGGCAUAGGAUCCGAGGGCUCCCUCCAGUCCAGUGAAAUACACACUCCCUUCAUACGGAGGCCGGAGUUGGAAGCGACCGUUGUGAAACGUUAAAGAUUUUCUGGCAGUGGGAAAGGGAUUUUUUUCCCUUCCUCCCUCCCUGCCGAGGAAAAACAGUUCUAAGGAGAGAGUCACUUUGUAGUUUUAACUCCCAUUCAAAGACUCGCAGCCCUGAGGAGCUGCGGAUCCCCGUGCCUCCUGUGUGUGGUCUGUGGGAGCCUGUCACUGGUCUUCACCGCCCUGCUCAUGAGUUUGCCGAGGACCAUCUUCCCCAGGAGGGAGGCCGGGACUCAUGAAGUGGCAGCUAAGGCCAGUUCAGCUGCCACUCAGCGGCCAAGGCCCGGAGAACAGGAGAGGAAGAAGCGUGGCCUCACUUCCUCUCUAAGGAUGGAGCCCCACAGCCACUCCGGAAAGAGCCGGAAAUCCACAAAAUUUCGCUCCAUUUCCCGUUCCCUGAUUCUCUGUAAUGCCAAGACCAGCGAUGAUGGCUCUAGCCCUGAUGAGAAGUACCCCAACCCUUUUGAGACUUCACUGUACCAGGGCAAGGAGGGUUUCCUUCACUCCUCCAUGCAGCUGGCAGACACAUCAGAGGCGGGGCUCAGGAACAUUCCAGAUCUGCCACUGGCAUCGGGAGCUGCUCAACUCCAACCAGCUGGGACUGAUCGCGGCCAGCACUGCAGGAAGAUGUUCUUCAUGAAGGAACCUUCUGCAACUUCCUCUAAAGAAAAGACUGGAAAACCAGAAACACAAAGUAGCAGCUUCCUGUUCCCUAAAGCCUGCCACCAAAGGACACGCAGCAACUCGACCAGUGUGAAUCCCUAUUGCACCGGAGAAAUCGAUUUCCCUGUGACGAAGAAAUCUGCGGCUCCCACCGACCGGCAGCCGUACUCUCUCUGCAGCAACAGGAAGUCUCUCUCUCAACAACUGGACUACCCAGCUUCGGGCACUGCCAGACCAACUCGGUCACUGAGCACAGCUCAGCUCGGGCAGCUGUCUGGGGGUCUGCAGGCUUCAGUCAUCUCCAACAUCGUGCUGAUGAAGGGCCAAGCAAAGGGCCUGGGCUUCAGCAUUGUUGGGGGAAAGGACAGCAUUUACGGCCCCAUUGGGAUUUACGUGAAGAGCAUCUUUGCAGGGGGCGCAGCUGCUGCUGAUGGACGGCUACAGGAAGGCGAUGAAAUUCUGGAGCUCAAUGGUGAAUCAAUGGCUGGCCUAACACACCAGGAGGCUUUGCAGAAGUUCAAGCAAGCCAAGAAGGGGCUGCUGACCCUGACCGUGAGGACCCGCCUGACGGCGCCCCCGCCGCUCUGCAGCCACGUGUCACCGCCUCUGUGCCGCUCCCUGAGCUCCAGCACGUGCGGUGCCCAGGACAGCAGCCCCUUCUCCCUGGAGGGCCCAGCCUCCCCUGCCAGCACCGCCAAGCCCAACUACAGAAUCAUGGUGGAGGUGUCUCUGAAGAAAGAGGCUGGUGUUGGCCUGGGGAUUGGCCUGUGCAGCAUCCCCUACUUCCAAUGCAUCUCGGGCAUCUUCGUCCACACGCUGUCACCAGGAUCUGUGGCGCAUCUGGAUGGACGAUUGCGGUGUGGUGAUGAGAUUGUGGAAAUCAAUGAUUCUCCAGUGCACUGCAUGACCCUCAAUGAAGUCUAUACAAUCCUGAGCCACUGUGACCCUGGCCCAGUUCCCAUCAUCGUUAGCCGACAUCCAGACCCACAGGUUUCUGAACAGCAGCUCAAGGAAGCCGUGGCUCAGGCUGCGGAAGGCGUCAAGUUCGGAAAGGACAGGCACCAGUGGAGCUUGGAAGGUGUCAAAAGGCUGGAGAGCAGCUGGCAUGGGCGGCCCACCUUGGAGAAGGAACGUGAGAAGCACUCGGCACCCCCACAUCGAAGGGCCCAGAAGAUCAUGGUCCGCUCCAGCAGCGACAGCAGCUACAUGUCUGGGUCACCAGGGGGAAGUCCCUGCAGUGCAGGUGCGGAGCCACAACCUUCUGAGAGGGAAGGAUGCACACACAGCCCCAGCCUGCCCCCAGGGCAGGACCAAGAGCCGUGUCCCGGGGUCCCAUCCAGGCCUCAUCAGGAGAGCCCGCCCCUUCCUGAGAGCCUGGAAAGAGACAGCCACCCACCACUGAGGCUGAAGAAAUCUUUUGAGAUUUUGGUGAGAAAGCCGACAUCCUCCAAACCCAAGCCUCCACCCAGAAAAUACUUUAAAAAUGACAGCGAGCCUCAGAAGAAACUGGAAGAGAAGGUCACAGACCCUCCCGGGCACAGCUUGCCCACAUGCAGCCAGGAAACCAGAGAGCUGCUGCCUCUGCUGCCACAGGAAGACACGGCAGGGAAAAGUCCUUGCAGCGCUGCCUGCUGCCCAGGACCUGCAGUCAGCACACCGACUUCGUCCUCCUCAGAGGGAGAGCCAAGGAGGAGUGCCAGUCCAGCGUCACCAGGAAAACACCCGCUGCUGAAGAGGCAGGCGCGGAUGGACUAUAGCUUUGAUACCACCACUGAAGACCCUUGGGUUAGAAUUUCCGACUGCAUCAAAAACUUAUUUAGCCCUAUCAUGAGUGAGAACCACAGCCACAUGCCACUACAGCCCAACACCAGCCUGGGUGAAGAGAAUGGGACGCAGAGCCACCCAGAGGGGGUCCUGUCAAAAGUGGACACUGCCAACGGUGCUCCCAGGGUUCACAAGCCAGCAGAUGGCUGCACUGUGAAGAAGGGGCCCCCAGUGGCCCCCAAACCAGCCUGGUUUCGUCAGAGCCUGAAAGGUCUGAGGAAUCGUGUCCCAGACCCCAGAAGACCCUUGGAAAUAGCCUCAGCCACUCAGCCAGCAACUGUUUCCAGGGAGCCAUCAGGGCCACACUCACAGGCCUCCUCCUCCUCCUCCUCCUCCAUCAGGCAGAGAAUCAGCUCCUUUGAAAACUUUGGCUCCUCACAACUGCCAGAGAGAGGAGUCCAGAGACUGAGCCUGCAGCCCAGCUCCGGGGAGACCACCAAACUUCCAGGGAAACAGGACGGAGGACGGUUUUCUGGUCUCCCGGGGCGGGGGGCUACAGUCUCUGUUAAGCACAGACAGGUGGACAUAGAGCCCAUAGCCACAGGCCUUCCUAACACCUCGGAGGUCAGGGACCCAGAUAUGUCUGAGUCCCCACCCCCAGGUCAGCGACCCAGCCCAAAAGCUCUCUCCCCAGACCCUCUUCUGAGACUCCUGACGACACAUACUGAGGACGCUCAAGGCCCAGGCCUCAAGAUGCCAAGUCAGCGGGCGCGGAGCUUCCCCCUGACCAGGACCCAGUCCUGCGAGACCAAGCUGCUGGAUGAAAAGGCCAGUAAGCUUUACUCCAUCAGUAGCCAGUUAUCGUCAGCUGUCAUGAAAUCCCUGCUGUGCCUCCCGUCGUCAGUCUCCUGUGGCCAGAUCACCUGUGUCCCCAGGGAGAGGGUUUCUCCAAAGCCGCCUCCCAACAACAGCACAGCUACAGAAGGUCUUGGUGAAGUCGUUGCCUCGGACACGGGGUUCUCCCUCAACCUUUCAGAGCUCAGAGAAUAUUCAGAAGGCCUCACCAACCCCGGGGAAACUGAGGACAGGGACCACUGUUCUUCGCAGCCAGGCCAGUCAGUCAUCUCCCUGCUGAGCUCAGAAGAACUGAAAAAGCUCAUCGAGGAAGUGAGAGUUCUAGAUGAGGCGACAUUGAAGCAAUUAGACAGCAUUCACGUCACCAUCUUACACAAGGAAGAAGGCACUGGCCUUGGAUUCAGCUUGGCAGGAGGGGCAGAUCUGGAAAACAAGGUGAUCACGGUCCACAGAGUGUUUCCAAAUGGCCUGGCUUCCCAGGAAGGCACAAUUCAAAAGGGCAAUGAGGUCCUUUCCAUCAAUGGCAAAUCUCUCAAGGGGGCUACCCACAAUGAUGCCCUGGCAAUCCUCCGGCAAGCUCGGGACCCAAGGCAAGCUGUCAUUGUCACCAGGAGAGCGACUGUGGAGGCCACUCACGACUUGAACUCCUCUACUGACUCUGCAGCAUCAGCUUCAGCAGCCAGCGACAUUUCUACAGAAUCUAUGGAGGCCACUGUCUGCACAGUGACUCUGGAGAAGACCUCUGCAGGGUUGGGCUUCAGCCUGGAGGGAGGAAAGGGCUCCCUUCAUGGAGACAAGCCCCUCACCAUCAACAGGAUUUUCAAAGGGACUGAACAGAGUGAGACAGUCCAGCCAGGAGAUGAAAUCUUGCAGCUCGCUGGCACUGCCGUGCAAGGUCUUUCUCGGUUUGAAGCUUGGAAUAUCAUCAAGGCAUUGCCUGACGGACCUGUCACUGUAGUCAUCAGAAGGAAAGGCCUCCAAUGCCAGCAGAUGACAGCUUCUGGAGACUCCUAGACAGGAUGCCGACGCUAAGACAAGGCAGGAGCAUGAAGCUCCCGCCACUGCCGAUUCUCAGGGUCUCUGCUACCCACCUCACCCAGGCUGGGGAAAGCCCAGGUGUGCUUCUGGUAGCUGCUGCUCAGGUUUGGACCUUCUGGGACACUGCCCCAUCAGGAGGGUUGUUCUAAAUGUCGGGACAGAGUCACACAGAGGUGGCCGAUACAAAGCGUAGAGUGUAUGUAUAUAAACAGCCUCGUGAUAAUAUUCUGGUGCCCUAAUAAAGUGGAUGUGUUGCAGUUUGCUAGGAAA